AUGAGGAGCAGUUUGACUCAGCUCGACCUUCCGGAGCGUCGCACCAGCUACGGCUCCAUGGACGAGGGGCUCCAGGCCUCGCAGCGGGAGGAGUCGGAGGCGCAGGGCGCGGUGGUGGGCCCCCCCAUCUUCGAGGACGGCCGGGGCUUCUCGGUGGUCGUGUGCAGAGGUGCAAUUAGCAUCCGCAACAAGACCGAGCAUGAGUACAUCCUUUCCCCUGCAUGGAAGGAGCUCUCUGACGCUCUCGCGGGCGGCGUGCGCCCUGGAAUUUACGUGUCCAAUGACGAAUGCUGCGAGAACAGUCGUGUGCUUUUCGUAAGCCAUGAACGGCGUUUAACGCGAAGGCUGGUGCUACCGCCUUCUGCAGAUGCUCUUUACCUUCCCUCCUUCUUCAGCAGCGGGCAAGACCGAUAG